UGUGUUCGCGCGUUGUGUGCACGGUCCCUGCCAAGUCUGGGAGUUUGCAGACUGUCCCUGACUCGGCCCGUUUACACGACCCUGCAGCUUUGGCGGCGGCGGCUCGCGGGCUCUGAAUCCAUUCCCAGGUAGCUUGCGAGGCAGGCUCAGCGGUCCUUGCUGCUACUGCAGCCUGCAGGCGGUGUGACCUCCUGCCCGCCCAACCCCGCAUCCCUGCACACUGGCUCAUAUAAGAGACGACGGGUGAACAGCUCCUCCAGGGGCUGCUGCUGCUGCUGCUGCUGAGAAGGGAGGCAGCCCGAGAGGUGCUAAAAUGCAGUGAGUGACCAAAGAGAUAGAAGAGGAUGCAUAAUUAACACAGCUGACCGAUCCAGAAACAGAGCAUGUCCACAGCACCUGAAGGACAGAGUUUGUUGUAUAUUAAACAAGUCUCUCUAUUUAGUCACUGCUAAGAGCUCAGGAAGCCAAAGGAGAAGAGAGUAGAACUUUUUCCUUGACCAUAGACAGAAAAUCAAGGCAGGAUGGAAGUGAAAGAAGGACACCAACUGACACAGGAGCCUGAGUGAGACAGCCUGUCCUUUUUGAGACCAACACCAUGGAUUCGCAUCUCCCUUUGGUGCUUUAAGAUCCAACCCAAAGAAAGAAGCAGCUCCUUGGGAGCCAUGGCUUUCUUUGCUCCAUGGAAGUUAUCCUCUCAGAAACUUGGCUUUUUCCUGGUGACUUUUGGCUUCAUUUGGGGUAUGAUGCUUCUGCAUUUUACCAUCCAGCAACGAACUCAACAUGAAAGCAGCUCAAUGCUUCGUGAACAAAUAUUGGACCUCAGCAAAAGGUACAUCAAGGCUCUGGCAGAAGAAAAUAGGAACGUGGUAGAUGGGCCCUAUGUUGGUGUGAUGACAGCCUAUGAUCUGAAGAAAACUCUUGCUGUCUUAUUGGACAAUAUUUUGCAACGUAUUGGCAAGUUGGAAUCGAAGGUGGACAAUCUUGUAAUCAAUGGCACUGGAGCAAAUUCAACUAAUACCACCACAACCGCUGUUCCCAGCAGCAUAGCAGCAUUUGAGAAAAUUAGUGUAGCAGAUAUCAUUAAUGGAGCUCAAGAAAAAUGUGAAUUGCCUCCUAUGGAUGGCUUCCCACACUGCGAAGGGAAAAUCAAGUGGAUGAAAGAUAUGUGGAGAACAGAUCCCUGCUAUGCAAAUUAUGGUGUGGAUGGAUCCACGUGCUCUUUUUUUAUUUACCUCAGUGAGGUUGAAAACUGGUGUCCUCAUUUACCUUGGAGAGCAAAAAAUCCCUAUGAAGAACCAGAUCAGAAUUCAAUGGCUGAAAUUCGUACGGAUUUUAAUCUACUCUAUGGAAUGAUGAAACGGCAUGAAGAAUUCCGAUGGAUGAUACUAAGGAUCCGACGAAUGGCUGGUGCAUGGAUUGAAGCAAUUAAAUCAUUGGCAGAAAAGCAAAACCUUGAGAGGAGAAAAAGGAAAAAAAUUCUCGUUCACCUGGGACUCCUGACCAAGGAAUCCGGCUUCAAGAUUGCAGAGAAUGCAUUUAGUGGAGGCCCACUUGGUGAAUUAGUUCAGUGGAGUGAUUUAAUUACAUCUCUCUACUUACUGGGCCAUGACAUUAGGAUUUCAGCUUCACUGGCUGAGCUCAAGGAGAUAAUGAAGAGGGUUGUAGGUAAUAGAUCUGGCUGCCCAACUGUAGGCGAUAGGAUUGUGGAACUCAUUUAUAUUGAUAUCGUGGGACUUGCUCAAUUUAAGAAAACUCUUGGCCCUUCCUGGGUUCAUUACCAGUGCAUGCUUCGAGUACUGGAUUCAUUUGGUACUGAACCAGAAUUUAAUCAUGCUAAUUACGCCCAGUCUAAAGGUCAUAAGACUCCAUGGGGAAAAUGGAACCUUAAUCCUCAACAAUUUUAUACAAUGUUCCCCCACACACCAGACAACAGUUUUCUGGGAUUUGUGGUAGAACAGCACCUGAAUUCAAGUGAUAUCAAGCACAUUAAUGAAAUCAAAAGGCAGAAUCAAUCCCUUGUGUAUGGCAAAGUUGACAGCUUCUGGAAGAAUAAGAAAGAGUACUUGGACAUCAUUCACACGUACAUGGAAGUACAUGCAACUGUCUAUGGGUCUAGCACUAACCACAUGCCCAGCUAUGUGAAGAAUCAUGGAAUCCUCAGUGGACGAGAUUUACAAUUUCUUCUCAGAGAAACCAAGUUGUUUGUUGGACUGGGGUUUCCAUAUGAGGGUCCAGCUCCCCUUGAGGCUAUCGCUAAUGGAUGUGCAUUCCUGAAUGUCAAAUUUAACCCACCAAAAAGCAGCAAAAACACAGACUUUUUUAUAGGCAAACCAACCCUGAGAGAGCUAACUUCUCAGCAUCCUUAUGCUGAAGUUUUCAUUGGACGACCACAUGUCUGGACCGUGAACCCAACUGAUCAUCGUGAAGUAGAGAAUGCAGUGAAAGCAAUUUUAAAUCAAAAGAUUGAACCUUACAUGCCAUACGAGUUCACAUGUGAAGGGAUGCUGCAAAGGAUGAAUGCAUUUAUUGAGAAACAGGAUUUCUGUCAUGGGCAAGUUAUGUGGCCACCCCUUAGUGCUCUGCAGGUGAAACUCUCUGAACCUGGGAAAUCAUGCAAACAAGUCUGCCAAGAAAACCAACUCAUCUGUGAGCCAUCUUUCUUCCAACACCUCAACAAGGACAAGGAUGUGCAGAAAUACGAGGUGGUAUGCCACACCACAGAACUGGCCAAUGACAUCCUGGUGCCCUCGUAUGACGACAAGAAAAAGCAUUGUGUGUUUCAAGGUGAUCUUUUGCUGUUCAGCUGUGCAGGAGCCCACCCCAAGCACAAGAGAAUAUGCCCUUGCAGGGACUACAUCAAGGGCCAAGUAGCUCUCUGUCAAGACUGCCUAUAGCAGCAGAAGUCCCAGGCCCCAACUGAUUCAACUGGGAAGGAACCUAGCUGGGGGCAGGGAGGGAUAGGGUGGUCCAAGGUCUGCCCCGACUGCCAGAACUCUUUGGUCUUUUAGUUUAGAUGUUGGUUUUGCUACCAGUGGAGUUAAAACAACAAAAUGGAGUUCUAAAUGACAACAAAAUAGAGACGGUGCAGUGGACUGACUUCCUCACAUGGGGAUUUUUAAAAAAAUCUUCAGUGAGCAACUGUGGUGAGACUCUUCCAAAACCAUCCAGCUGCUCUUGGGUAAAAAUAAAUGAAGUUCCAUGCUUCAUUUAAAAAAAAAAAGUUAAGACGAUCAUGAAGACUCUUGUGUGGGAAAAAUUCCUAAAUCCAUUAACUUAUUUAUUUGUGGGAGGGCUAGGGAGGGUUAGGGAAAGAAGGGAAGGAAUAAUGCAUUUUUUUUUCCUUCUGCUGUCCAUCUUCUACUUUCACUAAAUAGCAUUCCAGCGUAGUUUGGCAUAGCAGAGGAAGGGAAGGAAGUGCCAAGAAUUUGAUGUACAGCUACAGUCAGGGAAUUAGAUUGAGGGGUGCACUGAGAAGGUUCCCAAAGAGUGACAAACUGAGGAAUAAACAAAAGCUUUUUCUGUUUAAAACCAAAUGGUACACUCCAAGACAUCAGUCAGUUUACCUGGACAUCUCUUCAGCAAAGUAAGAGGGAUAGUUCAGGCAACUGAGAAAAGGAUUAGUGUUAUGAUGGGGAAUAGCAGUGCUUGGGGAGUGUCCCAAGGGCCUGGAGCCCAAACCCAUCAGGUGGUGCAAUUUUAGAAGAGAAAAAUCUCUCUUCCCCUUCAGCUCCAUUAAUCUAUAUAAAACAGUACAAGGAAUCAAUGUUGUGUGAAUAAUAUUAGUUAGCUUGCCAGUUUGCUGUACUUUUCCUUCACCUAAAGUUGAUUGGAUGAAGUGGGAGGGGAGAAGGAAAAGAGAAAAGAGAAAACUAAAAAACCCACCCUAAGACUUAAUGACCUACUAGCCUUUUCGCUUUUGAGGGAAGUAGUUGAUGUGAAACCAUAUGGGCAGGAAUGAUGUUAUGACAUUGGAAGAGAAUCUGCUCACUCCUCCCUGACCAGAGCACAUUCUAAAGAUUUCAGGUUAGGUGAUAUUUUUCCUUAGGGUUUAGUAUUACAGAGAACAGGGAGGGAAGAAAGACAAGAUAGGCUUCUUUAACUGUAAAUUAUUCCACCUGAAUCUUCACUUUUUGGGGGUUCUCAAGUGGCAGCAUUUUGUUUUGGUUUUGUGAGUUAAGCAAAGGUCUUUGUGGAUUCGUGUGGAAAAGGGUGAAUGAAUAGAACAGAGGUAACUUUGCCUUUAUGUACCCAGCAGAGCUUCACCUCUUUUAGCCCUAGGAAUCCCCUCACCAUUGCAAUAAUUCAGUCUGCUCAGCCCUAUAUCACACUGUUGGCUGUUUUGAUUAGCUGAUCAAUUUCCUAAAAAGUCCAGCGUCUAUGAAUUGGGGUUGGGAAAGGAAGGUGGUCCCCGGUUCUCUCCUUAUCUGAAUUAACUUAUGAUCCCACAAAGUUCUGUGGAUUUCCAUGUGUCCACCUGACAGGUUUUUGGGGGUAUCUAAAUCAGAGUCAGAAAGGUUGCUAUUGAAUUUGGGUCACCUGGUAGGAAAAGAACUGAAAUAUAUUCUAUCAAAGGAGUAUGGACCCUGGGAAUACCUCUCAUCAGAUCUUCCUUCCCUAUCUUUCAUCUCUCAUUGGGAUUCUAAGAAUUUUAAGCAAUAAAGUGGCUUUUCUUUGUGAUUAGUUCAGUAGGAAGAAACAGAUAGGACUAUCAUUACCGCUCAGAUUUGAGAAAUACUCAGGUCACCUUGGGAGCACUUGGCUUCUAUACAGUUGAUGCCCACAACUGUGGUUUGUAGAAUUAGUAGAGACAAGACAAGGAAGGAACCAUUCCUAAUGAGCCUUUGUGUCUGGAAAGUUUGAUUUCUCUUGGCCUUUGUGACCCCAUUUCUUCUCCUAAAUUAUACCUAAUAUAUGACCUCAGCUCUUCAUGGGCUGCCAAAGACCCAGAGUUAGAGUUUGGAUUGAUUUCUUCACUGUCCCUGCUCCACACACCCUAACCUCACCAGCCCUGGUCAUUCAUGGGCAGUAAUGUUGCAGGGUUGGUCACAGGACAGAGAUCCCUGUCAUAAGCAUUUAAGGUAGGGGAAUAUCAAAUAAGUAGCAACUUAUUUGUGACACGAGACUUUGCUUAGGAUGCUGCUUUUGUGGGCCUUGUGGUGAGGGCUAUACCAAGUUCAAGAGGGAUCUCAUUUAAAUCCCUUGUCGACACCCCUGCAUCACUCUGUCGUGACAUUUCACCCAUCACCUACAUUGGGAACGUGGAGAAAGGCAGCAUUCUGCUAACAACCUGCUGCCUGCGUUGUACAGAGUCAAGAGGAAGCCAGCUGUUUUCUCAUCCCCAUAGACUAGCUGACACUGCCAUCUUGUGAGCGCUGUGUUCCAGAAGCCCAGGCAUUGCCAGUGCUGCUUUGAGACCGGCAGAGGGAGCCCCUGCCUUCUCAGCUCUGGCUGACAGGAGACAAAGGCUGGCUUUCCCAGCACUCUGCUGGUUUCCUCCAUGUUGGAGGAGAGAACUAUUGGAAACUGACAAGGAGAGGCCUUCUCUCCGAAAGGAGAAGCCAGCCUGUUUCCUUUGCAGGUCUCCUUUCUGGGUUCGGGGAUGAAGCUGGCCACUAGGACGCGGGGCAGCUCCUGAAUGCCAUUUUCCUCCGGUAGAGCCUGCCUGUCAGACAGCUGAAAGAAGCCACCGCUGCUUUAAAAUUCUGAGAUUAAAUAGUUCCAAUUCUUUUUUUUCCCCCUUAUUUCCACCCACACACUGGAUAUAGGCCUAAGAGGAGAUUUCUUGCCUUAUCUUUUGGUUACCUUGCAGGGUGUUAUAAUGAAGAGUACUAGUCUUAGAGUCUGAAAAGGCCCGGGUUAGAGUCCCAGCUCUGACAUUUAUUGCUUUGUGACCUUGGAACAGUCACUUAAACUUCUCUGUAAAAUUGGCAUCAGUAUACUUGAACUACCUACCUCACAGGGUUGUUGUGAGGGCUAGCUUUGUGAACUUUACUGGGAGUCAUGGUGUCACAGUCAAUCUGGUGGUUGCCCAGGGCAUUUUUCCCCGACCCCAGGCAUGAGAUUUGGACCUAUGCCUCCUUCAUCAGGACCAAGGCCAAAAGACACAGCUGGAAUCGGCUGACUUUCAGGAGCAUUCAUAUCUGGUCAAUUGGCUGUUGAAGGAGGCAGAUGACAACUUUCUAUUAUUUCCCUCCCCAACUUUCCCCUUCUGGGAAAGGCAAAAGGAUUGACUUAUGUCAUAAGUUAUAGGUCAACCCUUUGGGAGGGAGAAUCAGGAGGGCCCUGGUCACACAGGCCCCUCAUCCUUUUGGCCAGGGAGUCUUCAGAUCCCUGCCCCUUAACUUUUGUGUCUGUGCCAAUUGCAGGCCUAGAUGGAAUCCUAAGCAAAUUUGUAGUAAUUGACAAUGUGUGUGGGGUAGGCGGGAGGGGGAGGGAUGCAAACCCCUAAACAUAACCAAUGUUAUCCUAAGCUGUAAGCAUAGCUCUCCUAGAUUUUCCUUUCUGUUUUUGUACUUUUUUGUUCCAAGUGACUUCUGAUUUUUUUCAUUGUGAUCCUAAGAUCUUAGAAAAUUUAAGGAAAAAAAAAUUAACAUAAUUUAUUAAAGAUGGUUAACAGAAAAAGCUUACCUUUGAAAGGUAAAGUGGAGAAAUAGACACUGUUUUUAAAUGCCAAUAAAAACCUCAUUUGUUUCAUAUAUGCAACUUGAUUUGCACAUUUAUGAAGAGGCUUUCUGCAUUUUUACUUAGUUUUUUUUGUUGCUGCUGCUGCCCACAACUUGUUCCUUUCUCAAAUGUGGCCUCGUGCUUAGAAAUGUCAGAUUCUGUUACCUAGGCUAUAUUUAUUGUUUAAAUCACGUGCCUUUUCAUUUUUCUUUGGGGUUAUAUGUUGGGAGCCAGAUGCUGUUUGAAGGAGUAUAACAGAACACCAGUUCUGCCACUUGAGUCUACCUUGUUGUAAAUGCAGAUGUGUGUAGCAUGUGUUCUCCAAAAUGCCCUUUCUGUCCCCACAAAUGAACAAAGCAGGAAAAAAUAACAUAUAGGAAAAAUUGAUUAUCAUUAUUCCUUCCAAAGGGCCACUCUCUGUGGCCUCCCCUUGGUCAAAAAUCCUCAUCAAGAGAGCCAUGAGUGAAAAAGAGGAGUUCACACCCAAUUCUCAGUCUCAUGGUGGGAGGGCGUAGAAGGGGUGCUCACUCAACCCUUCAGGGGAUCAAAGAAUGACCCUUAUAAAAUGGCUACCAUGAGUAGAUUGGCAUUAAAAGAAGAACCUCAGAUCUACUAAGAUUUUCAGAGUUUUUCUCUAGGAUAUUAGCUUGUUGGCUACAUAAGAGGAGACAGGAGAAUAACUUUUUGGGGGGGAAGCUUAUUUUUUUAAGUAUUUGUGAGGCCUAAGGAGAGAGCAAUUCUUUUUUUUUUUUUUUUUUUUUUUUUUGUUAACUGGAAGUGGAGAUUUUCUCAACACUUCAGUGAGUCCCGGAUCAAGUUUAAGAGAGUAGUAAAGAAUUGAGGGUCCAACGGAAAAUGUUUACAAUUAUAUGUUCUUUAGACAAGACCACUUCAAAUCAUUCUCCUGGGGACAGCUAUUUCCAAAGGCCUGGCUGGUUUUCCUCAACAUUUUACCCUCUCUCACAGUACUGGGUCGUGUCUAAACCUGAGAGAGAAACUGUUUUGCUUUCCUGAUGAAUAAAGGGGUUUGUUUUAAUGAAAAAUUCUCAUUUGUUAGAAAAUUGUUUAUUUUGUUAAUGACAGGCUCCAUUGUGUGUGUUUCUGUCCUAAGCCUGGAUUAUUUUAUUUAUUAAUUAAAAGCAUAUUUAAAUUCAUUUAACUGCUUUCUUCAAGCCCCAUCUAGCCUUAUAUGGCUAUAAAGCAUCUUCAUUGGAAGAGACAAGCAAAUGGGAAUAGAUUCACAUGUAAUUUGAGAAGGUAGCAAUUUCCCACAGCUGAAGGAAACUAUCUUUGAUUCUUGUUGGCACCAAGGGAAAUGGAAAACCAGAUUUUUACUGGCCAAAAGGCCAUGCUCUUUCUGUGGUUCAUUCCAAAAAGCUAUAUAGGACCAAGUGAUUCCUUAACAUUUUGGGUCCUUCCACAACAUUAAAUAUAGUAAAGGUAAAUGUACUCCAUAUAUGUUGAUCUGAAAGUGUCUAAAUGAAAAUACUAUUCUUGACUGAUCUAGUAAAGAUUAUCCAUCUAGACUGCCCUAAGUACUUGACCUUGCUAGUCUAAAUUCUAACUCAUGAGUUUCUAAUACUUUGUGACCUGAAACAGGUUGGUUCACUAGAAAUAUGUAGCAUAUCAGCCCUAAAUGAAACAGGAAUUUAGGGAUGGGUCUCUCCUGCUCACAACUGGACCCUUAUCCAUAAGUAUAUUCAGAACCAUUCAUACAGGUUUUUUUUUUAAUUUAAUGUAUAUUGAAUGAAAAGUACCUUUUCAUUCAAUAUUAAGUUUUUGCCUCUGAAUUUCAAAUAAAUGAGACUUUAUUAUAUUUCAGAUACUCAAUAUAGAGAAGAUCUCUUUCUCCCUGCUUUCUAGGGUAUCUCGCUGCCCCCUGCUGGAUGGGGGGGGAAUCCAUAAGUACCCACUGGGAGCAAUCAUGUUAUCACCCCAAUUGGAUUCUAGGUUGUUUGUUGAUUCUAGGAUUCUAGGAUCUCUUUGUUUGUAGUUGCUCAAGUUCUAAGGAGACCAAAUUCCGGAAAUUGCUCUUAAUGCUGGUGUGAACAUAAUGUUGGAUGUUACCUCUCCAAAGUAUAAUUCCCAAAGAGGUCAAGAACUGGACAAGGUUAAACAAAAUCAGUUGUUACUAAAAUAAAUGUUAUUUUUUUCCUUCUCUGGUUCCUAGACUUUUCCUUACCUGAUAAGUCUGCCUGCUAAUUCCCUUUAAAGAACAUCAUAGAUUUAAAAAGCUAUUUCUGUUCUAUGUCCCACCUUAUAUGAUUGAAAUUAAAAGAUAUAGGAACACCAACUAAUCCUUUGAUACAAAAACCUUGACUGCAUCUUCAACUGAAUGGACAUUUUUGUACCUUUUCUCCUCUUUUGUGGAUAUAGAAAAGGAAGAUGGAAUAGAAUGUAUUGCAUUGCCGUCCACCUCCAUCCCAAUUACUUGAACUUAUGCAGUCAUGGGAAUGGAUCUCUACCCACUGGAUAGGGAAUUGUAGGCAAAUGAACAAUCUCUAGAGACCAAAAGGGAAGCCACGUUUUUAGAAAGAUUUCGGGAAAUUAAUAUCUAGUGUUGCCAACUUUACCUUUUUAAAUGGUGCUUUUAGGGGAAUGGGGGAGAGGAGGAAGAUAUGGAAGUAAAAAAUGUUAUGGGCAGAGGCUUGAAAUUGAGGUGAGGACCCUAAGGCUAAAGGGGGUCUAGCUAGAUGAAAUUCUGCCACACAUUUCCAUGUACCUCAAAAACAAUUGAUAGCAAUCAUAGGGAGCAAACUACAGGACAGCUGGAAUCCAUGAAAUCUGGGGGUUUGUUUUUGUUUUUAACCAGUCUGCUCCGGUAUUAAAAGCAAUGGAGUUGUGAAAGAUAAAUCUGAUGCCAAAGGAUGUAACAUCCCUUCCACUAUAGUUUGAAUUCAUAACCUUGAUACUUUCAAGCUUAGUUUAAACAUGCAGACUGGUGUGUUCCACUAUACUCUUCAAGCAGCUCACAGCUCACCAAAUACUGGUUACAACUAUUUCCUAUUGUUCAGUUCCUGAGGUUUAAUAGUCCAGAAUUCUAAAAAUAAGGUGUAAAUGUCUGAAUGUACUUUACUGGCAUAGAAAGCAAUGCUUGUUUUUCACUGUUGUAGAGAAAACUAGGGAGAACUUUAUUUUUCAAUAAACUUUUUUCUUGUGUGA